AUCCGCAGCGAACGGUUCAUCAUAUUUUGUGCACAUAAAUUAAUCCACAUCCACAUCAACCAUGUCGUCCAGUGAGAUUUAUCGUUACUACUACAAGACAUCCGAGGACUUGCAGGGCUUCAAGACUGCAGCCACGGAGCCCUACUUCAAUCCGAUGGCCGCCUACAGUCCGGGCAUGACUCACUACCAGUUCAAUGGCAAUGCCUUGGCCAACUCCAGCAGCUACUUGGCGGGCAACGGCUUCAUCAGCUUUGAGCAGGCCAGCUCCGAUGGCUGGAUCACUUCGUCGCCGGCCAGUCAUCGCUCCGAGAGUCCCGAGUACGUGGAUCUCAAUACCAUCUACAACAAUGGCUGCCACAUGGGUCAACACCAGGCGCAGCAGUACGGAUUGAGCCUGGAGCAGCCACAAGCAGCAGCAACAGCCACAGCAGCGUCCAUUGCAGAAGUACCGUUAGCUCCCGUAGCUACAGCGGAGGUCAUGGGCUCCUCCAAUGUGGGCACUUGCAAGACAGUGCCAGCGCCUGCCGCCGUCAAGCCCAAGCGCAGUUACACGAAGAAGAACCAGCAGACAGCCUCCGCGACAGCCACAGCCACAGCCACCUCCGCAUCCACCAGCAGUGCCUCCAGCUCCACGGCCGCAGCUCCAGCUAAUCUCUACGCUGAUGACUUCCAGAGCUUUGACUUUGACAACUCCGCUCUGUUCGAUGACAGCGUGGAGGAUGACGACGAUCUAAUGUUGUUCGGCAGCGGCGGCGAGGACUUUGACGGCAACGAUGGCUCCUUCGAUAUGGCCGAUGGCGACAGUGAAGAUGCCUCUGGAUCCACACCCGGCAAGAAGCGUCGCAACAAGAAAGUCUCACCGGUGGUCAAGCGUAAGCGUCGCCUGGCAGCCAAUGCCCGGGAGCGUCGUCGCAUGCAGAACCUCAACCAGGCCUUCGAUCGUCUCCGCCAGUAUCUGCCCUGUCUGGGCAACGAUCGUCAGUUGUCCAAGCACGAGACCCUGCAAAUGGCCCAAACCUACAUCUCAGCGCUGGGUGAUCUGCUCCGCUAAGUGCGCUGACAGCAGGACACCAAAGUUAUGUUAGUUAUCCAGUUGGUUGGAGCCUUGCCAAAUGUUGUACCUAUAACACCUGUAAAUAGCCCCCCCCCAGUAGUGGUAAAUUAUCGCUUGUUUAUAGUUUAGUUAAUUAGUUUAAAUGGAAGACAAUGAUUAAGACAAACACACAA